CCCAAAUCAGAGAAAAAUAUUUUAAAAUAAACGGUUGCCUUAAAGUAAAGAAAAUUAAGACGACAUUGUUGUAAAAGAAAAGAGCCCAUUUUUAUUUCCACUCCAAAAAAAGAGAAUAAUAAAACCUUGCAGCAUUGACACACAAUUCUUACAUCUUACUACCCUUUUGAAUAUAAUUCCAUCAUUGGUUCUUUCUUGUCCAAGUUUUUAACCUUUCUUCAACCAAGAAAACAUAAGAAAUGAAAAUACUUGUUCUUUGAACUAGUCUCCAAAAUAAAGCUCUCAUUCUUGGUGAAUUGUCGAACAAAUCUUAUUGAGUAGCUCCAUCCAACACAGAUCUUGAGGUUUUUGUUUGUCUUCCUCCACAUACAGAAAUGGAUAAGCUGCAAUGGGGGAAUAGAAAGAGGCUGAGGUGUGUCAAAGUAAAAGACUCUUCUUUGAACGGAAAAUCAGAUGGCGGCGGCUGUGGAGGUGUUGUGAAGAAGAAAAUAACUUCACGAGUGGUGGAUAAUAAUAGCAAUAGCAAUAUUAACGGUAGUAAUGUUAAUAACAUAAGUAAAGAUGCGCAUUUUCAUCAUCCACCUGCUCCAUCUCCUCAUCGACCUAACAGGGAAUUGGGGAUGAGUAGAUCUAUAACGAAUGAGUGCCGAAAAGCAUCAACAUCAUCCUUAUCACCCGAGAAAGAAGACAGGUAUUACACAACCAGAGGAUCAGUCGGUUUUGAUGAUGGUGGAAAAUCGUUGUUUUCGAAUCCAAAGGAGGAAAAUAGGAAAGUUGUUUGGCCCAAAUUGCUAGUUUCACUGUCUAGCAAGGAGAAAGAGGAAGACUUUCUGGCCAUGAAAGGUUGUAAACCUCCACAGAGGCCCAAGAAGAGGGCCAAACUCAUCCAGAGAACCAUAUUAUUAGUGAGUCCUGGUGCAUGGUUAACAGACUUGUGCCAAGAGAGGUAUGAAGUGAGAGAGAAGAAGACUUCUAAGAAGCAAUUUGUCCCGGAUGAACUACUGCAAAAUGAGAUCUUGGCAUAA